AUGGACCCAGCAAAUCUCCAAGGACAUGGCCAGCAGAAGAUGCGACAGCAGGCCGCCCCACGUCGCUACGACGGCCAGAACGGCAACCCGCUCUAUGACCCCUCCAAUGGCGGCCAUUACGGAGCAAGCGCCAGUAUAGCCGCCCAGGGCCAUGCGCCAGAGCCCCAGGUCUUCACCGGCGCAUGGGCAAACGUCAACCAAGGCCUCACCGGUCAAUAUCGCGACAUCCUUAACACGUACUGGCAGCAGCAGGUCACCAAGCUCGAGACGGACGAACAUGACUACAAGCUCCAUCAAUUGCCACUUGCGCGGAUAAAGAAGGUCAUGAAGGCAGAUCCCGAGGUAAAGAUGAUAUCGGCCGAAGCUCCCAUACUGUUCGCAAAGGGCUGUGACAUCUUCAUCACCGAGCUGACCAUGCGCGCGUGGAUACACGCCGAGGAGAACAAGCGUCGCACGCUGCAGCGCUCCGAUAUCGCGUCCGCUUUGGCCAAGUCGGACAUGUUCGACUUUCUCAUUGACAUUGUCCCGCGCGAGGAAGCAUCUUCGCACAAGCGCAGCGGCGGCCAGAGCAGCGCGGCGCAGGCGUCAGCGAACGCGCAAGCUCAGCAAGGUGCGGUUCAGCAGCAAGCUGGCAUGCACCCACCACCGCACCCAAUGGCGCCCCCAGACUAUGCGGGCAUGUUUGCUCCGCCAGUGCAGAGCGACCCGUCGGCAGCCUACGGACAAGCGCCGCAACAGAUGUUUGAUCCGGCAAUGUACGGGGGUUAUCAAAUACCGCCGCAGCAGGUGAGUGUCGGUCAGCAACAGACAGCCGAGGCAGUCAGUGUGGGCUCUAACCGGGCGGCGCUUCAGAUGUAUCCCGUCGGCGGGCAGCGGGCUCCGGAUCCAACCGGGGCGGCUGAUCCUGGCCACGCCUACGGCACGCAUAAUCCCGAGGAGGAUGCGGAUGCUGAGGGGGACCGGGAGGAUUAUGUGGCGUAG